AUGUCAAUCGGCGAUAUGGCAACAAUUACACAAUUGAGUUCUAAGAGUGAAGUUUCCGUGAAGCAGUAGUACAAUGAAAGUUUUCGUCUGCAUUUUAGCUUCCUUAGCGGCAGUCAGCGCAGGAGGUGGUUAUCUGCCACGAGGCGGCGGCGGUGGUGGCUUUGGCGGUGGUUAUGGCGGCCAGGGUGGCUUUGCAAGCUCUUCCAGUUCCGCCAGCUCGAGUGCGUCUGCACACUCCUCAGGUGGUGGUUUUGGUGGCGGAGCCGGUGCCGGGCGCUAUGCCGGCGGCUUUGGUAAAGGUGGUGGAGGCGGCGGUCGUGGCUGGAAAAGUGCUGGUGGUGCCUUAGGCGGUGCUGGCGGUUAUGGUGGCGGUGCACUCUUGGGUGGAGCUGGUGGUUAUAGCGGCGGCUCAUCCUUGGGUGGAGCAGGCGGUUAUGGUGGCGGCAGUGGUUUCGGCGGUGGACAUGGUGGCGGUAGAAAGAGCGGUUUAUAUGGCGGCGGCACUUCCAGUGUUUCCUUCCAUACCGGAAAUUCUUUGGGCAGCGGUGGUGCAGGUUCUUAUGGCGGCGGCGUUGGCCAUGGCAGCGGUUUAGGAGGUGGAGCUUAUGGACCUAGUCUUGGUGGUGCUGGACUCGGUGGUGGUUAUGCCAGCGGUGGCUCUACAUAUGGUGCCAGUAGCAGCGCUGCUGGUAAAGGUUCUCACGCUGAUUGGGGUAUACCAGCUAACUUUGACUACUCCGUUAAUCAUGGCUCGUCCGGUGCUGGUUUAGGUGGAUAUGGUGGUGGUGCUGGAUUGGGCGGUGCUGGAUUAGGCGGUUAUGGUGGCGGUGCUGGAUUGGGUGGUUAUGGUGGCGCUGGUGGUAAAUCCGGUUACGGCUACUCUGCUGGUAGUAGUGCUUCAGCUAGCUCAUCCAGUUCAGCCGGUUCAUCUGGUUGGUGGAAGAAUUAGUGCGAUUCUAUGACCGUCAUAUAUCAUAAAAGCUUUUAGUAAAUACUCUAUGUGUUAUUCAGAUGACAAAGAAAUAAAUAAUUGCAAUGAAGUUUUGUU